UGUCACCCAUAAAUAAAUCCAAAAUUUACUACGAAAUGAACCAAAAGUGUCCGUGCCACAUGCCUGCGGUGCAUCACUGUGGCAAGGAGCUGCGCGAACAGCGCGCGGAAUACUUCCGACGGGAUAUCGAUGACAUCACGGACAGCGUGAUGCAGGUGAUGCGGAUAUGUGGCCUCAAGGCGUGGGAGGUGCGACGCACCAGGGAGGUGAUUGGACGCUCCUUGCUGCACUACGACGAGGUCCGCCACAGGAUUGAUCGGGUGCCGCGCAAGCGCUUCUGCAAGGAGACCUUCCUCCAUGGACUGGCGCACGAGGCGCACAUGUCGCGCAUGGAUGCCCAGAUUGCCUACUCCAUUGUGAAGCGAGCCUUCAAGGCGUACUACCACGGCACGGCGACCGAAGGCAAGCGAUUGAAGGCCUUGAUGGAGGGCAUGCGGCAUCGGCAGGAGUGCCUCUGGCUGCACGCGGCCAAGCGCACCGCCGAGAUCUACGCGGCCUACGCCGGCCUCAUGCGCUCCGAGGAGCUGCAGUUUGCGGAGCGCUUCGAGUGCGUCUACAAGAGUCUGCACGAUGUGCUGAGGACUCGUGUGGUGUGGGACGACGAGAAUCAUUGCCGCUGCGGCUGGGCCUCCGCCAAACCCUCGCAGGCCACAGUCUCCACGAUGACGGUCGAGAUCGAGGUGCUCUAUCAGCAGCAGAAUAUGGCGCCCAGCAGUGUGCCCUCCCGCACGGUCGUGCCGCCCAGCAUUGUGCCCUCCCGCACGGUCGUGCCGCCCAGCACUGUGCCCUCCCGCACGGUCGUGCCGCCCAGUCAGCUGUCCGUGCAGGUAACCGAGAUCCUGGUGGACAUGGGACCGAUGCCCAGCUCCAAGUCGGUCAGCUCCAAGUCCUCCCGCUACAACCACGGCCUGAGGCGAGUCAAUCAGCAAAAGUCCUCCAGCCGCCCGCCCACCGAGGCGAGCUCCAAGGCGACGCUGCAGCGGCGCAGGGACAAGUGCAAGUGUCCGCCGUUGCUGUGUGAACGGGAGUUUGAGCGAGAGGCGCCAGAGAUUACCGCAGAGUGCAGCCAGGGGCCGUACGUGUGCCGCUGGCUGCACUACGACGAGACGGAGGAACAGUUCAAGGAGCAUCGUGUGCCCUUCCCGCCCCUGGAGGUCAUCUGUCCGCCGUGCGCCAAGGACGAGCUGCCCUGCGAUCCGGAGUGCACCUGCACCUGUGACAUCUGCACCUGUCCGCCCGCCUACGCUGAGGGUGCUGGGGAGGAGGAGCACCGCGGGGAGCGACUGUCGGCCACUGGGAUUGAGGACAACGACACGGACUACUGCUGGCUGGCACCGUUUCGGGACUGGCCCCGCGUGGACGAGGCACCGGUGGCGCCAGAGGAAGAGGCGAAGGCUAACUCCGAGGAAGGAGAGGAGGAGGAAGCGCGCUUCCAGUGCCGCUGCACCUGCGAGAUCAAGCGGAGGGCCUACCCACAUCUCUUUACCUACUUGGCGCCCUUCAGGGAGAUCAAGAAAGCGGCGGAGGAGGUGCAAGUGCAGCCACCCGAGAAGUCCGAGGAGCAGUCUGCCACAGAGGAUCUGUUGUCCAAGCCGCCGCCCUGCGGCGUCUCCCUGGCCACCUAUCGCUGCUGGCUGCAGCCCACGCCCAGCAAGUCCGACUCCGAGUCCCUGGCAGAGCAGACGCCACACAUUGCAGUGCUGGCCCAGGGAGCGCAACCCAAAGUCGCUGGCAUCUCCAUGGACGUCACCGUCAAGGGACAGCAUCAUCAAGGCGGCAGCCAAGUGACCAAAGCAGCAGCGCCCACAGCAAAGGCUUCGAGGCCUACUGAAAAAAAAGCCACUACGAGGAUCAGUGUGCCAGCAACUCCAGCUGCCAAAGCACCGCCAAAGGCAGCUCCAGCCUCAGCAGCUACGCCAGCGCCCGCUCAGCCUGCAAACCAAGAGGAAAAGCUCACAAAGGAGGAUAUUUUGGAUAUCAUUGGACUGUAAGAGACUUGGCCCCGUGUAUCGUGAUUUACCUUCGUUCGAAUAUAUGUUAAAAGGUUUCUAAAAA